UAAUAGACGACAGUGUUCACAUCAACCGCUAAAUGCUAGCGAGAUUAAAAUAGUAACAUUAAUAAUAUUUUAAUUUUUUUCAUUCCAACAACUAAAGCAAAAGUCUGUACUAAGUAUAUCAAUCGCUCCUUUGCUUCCAUUAUCUACCAAUUGAGUAGGAGUUGGAGUUGACUUUUGUCUACCACUCUCUCCUUCUCCUCUUCACUCAUAGAGUCAUUUAGAUUCAUCAGAUGGGUGUAAUUAAAGCAGUGAUUGGUGAUGGGGUGUUAACUUUCUUGUGGGUUUUAUGUUCUUCUACUAUUGGAUUCUCUACUUACUUCAUAUCUUCUUCUUUUGGUGUUGUCAAUGAAAUGGUUUCACUCUUCGUCACUACACUUAUUGUUUUCCUUAUUUUCUUGAUGUUUGGUUAUCUUGGUGAUGCAUUUGGUGGUGCUGGUUUCAAUCCAACUGGUAAUGCUGCCUUUUAUGCUGCUGGUCUUGGUCAUGAUUCUCUUCUCUCUGCUGCCCUUCGUUGUCCUGCUCAGGUAGCAGGUGCGAUUGCUGGUUCACUAGCAAUAAUGGAGCUUAUGCCUAAGCAGUAUCACCACAUGCUUGAUGGGCCGGCUUUGAAAGUGGACGUACAAGCCGGAGCUAUCGCAGAGGGUGUCUUGACCUUCAUAAUCACAUUAAUGGUUUUUGUCGUUAUCCUUAGGGGUCCGAAAAGUGCACUUCUCAAGAAUUUGUUGCUCACUAUGGUAACUGUUCCAUUGGUAGUUGUAGGUUCAAAGUACACUGGACCUUCUAUGAAUCCAGCCAAUGCAUAUGGCUGGGCUUACCUAAGCAGCACACAUAACACAUGGGAACACUUUUAUGUUUAUUGGGUCAGUCCCUUCAUAGGAGCAAUUUUGGCUGCAUGGAUUUUUCGUGCUCUAUUUCCACCUCCAGUAGAGCAGAAGCCUCAGAAGCAAAAACGGAACUGAAUAAAGAUUAUUCUGCUUCCAUUUAUUCUCUAGCUCCUAUAUUGUUGUUGUAGCUUUGUCCACCAAGGAUGGCUUAAAACUGCUUUUACACAGCAUUCUUAAGUGGAAGAGGUUAUGUAGUUUAUCAUUUUGUUCAAAUUGUAAUAGAUAUUUUGCCCUUUUCUGGGACGGUUUAAACGAUAUUAUUCAGCUAUUAGUGCAACAUUUUUGUUGUCCAAA